UCACCAUGUGCUCUGGUCUGUGACCUCACUGACCAUCUCAGCACCCGCAAUUCCACCGUCUCCAAACGCGAUCGCGACUCUUCCUCGGCCAAGAUGAGCUCCUCCUCCAACCAGGUGAAUGCUGGUGGCAGCACCACAAACGAACUGUUGGAGAAGCUUGCUUCUGUGCUGCCAAAGGACCUCAAGUUCUCGAUCCACCACCUAUCGACACCACCCACCCGCACCGAUGCUCUCUUCGUACCUCCUCCGGGAGAGAAAGCCGACAAGACUUAUUGCGAAAAGCACUUCCUCGCCCUUUCGAUCGAAGCCCCCGUUACUGGUGCUGUCAAGCGGUCUUCCCCUGGCGCUGACGAGGCAAAAUCGACCGAGACGGCAACAAAACAAGUUAUCGCCUUCGCCAUCGAGGUGUUCAUCUUUACCACAGCCUUCCAGACAGUCCUGUUCGUCUCCAAGGCCGACUCGACCGGUUAUCUCCAUCUUCUCAAACUACCGAGAGGAGGUCCUUCUCCCAUUAGCGAAGUCAGCUCGACCCUUGUAUCCUACCUCAUCCAACAUCGCCGGCGAAAGAACAUUGUCUCUGUCGUCAACCUCUUCGGCCGUGCGCAGAGCCAGUACCUCUUCCCAGGUAGUGGUGAAAACGACGGAAUCGGGCCAGGCAGGGAGAAGCACAUUCUUAGCGAUAGGGGUCUCAUCAAGUGGUGGUGUCGUGUUCUCAACCCGCUUCUGGAAGAUCAGCGCAAGGAUGAUCGGGUCGCGGCUACCAAGGGAUACCUCCUUGUUCCUGGUCUGGAAGAGCGGGACAUGCGCGCCUUUAUUCCGCGGACCGUCACCAGCGCCAACGACUGGGAAAUUGGCCAUCCCAUGGAGAGGAUAUCCCACUAUACCCAGAAAUUCGACUGGGUACCACCUAGGUGUCUGAUACCGCGAUACCCAGACGACCCAAAGUCGCGUUACAGGGAUGAGCUUGACGAGGAGUCUGCAAAGUGGAAGCAGGAUAUGGGGGCUUGGAAGAGCAUUAGGACAUUGAACCAGUUCUGGGAUACCAUGGCCUUCAGACAGGAAUGCUCAUCCGGGCGAUUGACAGGGUUCAUUUGGCUGGUCUUUGAUCCCAAGAAGUCGGAAACAGAAGAGCAGGCGACACAAGCCACGACGGCUUCGUUCGCAACGUCGUUUGCAUCCGCGCCACUCAUGACCCCAACCGGCUCUUUCGAUGCUUCCACCGCCUUCCCUCCUUCCACUCCACCAAAGCGUCGUGCUGAUGUGCCGGCCCGUACGCCACAAGCCAGCCCACUCAAGGCCUCUUUCACAGCUGGAGAGAUUACGAAUUCUCAGCCAGACAUGGCCAAGGAGACCAGCAAGACAGAGAAGGAGAAGAAAAAGAAGCUAAAAGGUCGCAUCACGCCUCGUGUUCCCAAAGUCAAGAAACACCAACGGAAUUACCUCUUCAAGCGACCAAACACCACGGCCUACUACCAUUGGCCGACCGAGGGCCGUGGCGACCUAAUCGUGGACGAGCAUGACUACAAGCGCGUGGUGGAGCUGCUGCUGCAGCUUGAUUUUGAGACGCUGGGCAAGGCUUGUAGUGCCACCAAGCGAUGGAUCAGCGAGGCUGGCAUGGGUGCCAAAUGGGGACAUGAGGUUGUUGGGAGGCGGGUCCAGACCGUGACAAGUGCCACUGCUGACCGGGGAAGCGCAGCUCCAGUCAACAAUCUGACGGGGUUGGUGAGGAAGAAGAAGCCGGCUGCUAUUGAGAGUGGCGCGGCGGACGUAAAUGUUCUGGGAGCUGGACUGAUUAGGAAGAAGCCCAAAACGUCAGCUUAG